AUGGGCCAGGUCUCGGGACUCGUGCCCUCUCGUUUCCUGACGCUUCUGGCACAUCUGGUGAUCGUCAUCACUUUGUUCUGGUCGCGGGACAGCAACAUCCAGGCCUGCCUGCCUCUCACGUUCACCCCCGAGGAGUACAAGAAGCAGGAUAUUCAGCUAGUGGCAGCCCUGUCUGUCACCCUGGGCCUCUUUGCGGUGGAGUUGGCCGGUUUCUUCUCAGGAGUUUCCACAUUCAACAGCACCCAGAGCCUCAUCUCCAUCACGGCACACUGUAGCGCAUCUGUGGCACUAUCCUUCUUCGUACUUGAGCGUUGGGAGUGCACCACAUACUGGUACAUUUUUGCCUUCUGCAGCGCCCUCCCAGCUGUCACUGAAAUGGCAUUAUUCGUCGCUAUCUUUGGACUGAAAAAGAAACCUUUGUGA